GGAACACAUAUUAAUUGACUAGGUUACGUGUUACUUAUAGGAUAUCUGCAAUAAAGGAAGAAAAUUAUGAAAAUAAUUUCAUUUUUAUUUGUAAUUAUAUUUAGUGCACUCAGUUAUGCAGUAAAACCGGAUUUUUGUUAUUUACCAUAUGCUGCUGGUUGGGGUAGAGUUGCUGCACCAAGAUUCUUUUAUGAUCCAAAUAUAAAUGAUUGUCAAAUGUUUUUAUGGGGGGCAAUGGAAAUGGGUUCAAACGAUAAUCGUUUUGAAACAUACGAAGAAUGUGAAGCGGUAUGCAUAAAUGCAUAACCAUUAUAAAUAUUAUUAAAAACCACUGCUAAUACGAAAAAUUGUGAUUUACUUUAUUUUAAUUAUGUAAAUUAUCUAUAUAUAUAUAAAUAUAACAUAAAAUACAAAUUUUAUUUUAAAUAUUUUUUAAAUUAAAUUGAAAAUUAUUUAGAAAUUUAUAGUAUAUGUAUGUAAUGUACAAAUAAGGUAUAACAGAAA